AUGUUUCUUAUAAUGGUUGUUUGCUGUUGUACCGAGAAUUGGAUGGAAGAAAUGGUCGAGCAAUCGCUGAUGCCUUGGCAGGUUUCGCUCAAGUUUUACAAGUUCAGCAGAAUCCAUAGGCGGAAGGUGAUUAAUCUCGUGGAAUGGACAAGUUUCAGAGAAACAAGCCAACAUUCAAAGAAAGAGUGUACUGCUUUGAUAUACUUCAAAUGUGGGAAGGCAAGACAUAGAGCUACUGACUGCAAGAGGGAUGGUGUGGUUUGCUUCAACUGUAGGGAGAGUGGUCAUAUUAGUACACAAUUUCAGAAGCCUAAGAAGACUCAAGAUGUGAAAGUUGGUGGAAAGGUAUUUGCUCUCAGUGGUGUAAUGACCUUAAAGUCUGAUAAUCUGGUUCGAGGUACUUGUUUCAUUAAUGACAUUCCUUUAGUUUCUAUCAUUGAUACUAGUGCAACACAUUCCUUUAUAUCCACUGUUUGUGUGAAGAAAUUGGAUCUUGUGGUGUCUUCUAUGAAUGGCAGUAUGUCGAAGAACUUAAUUGGAGUUCUAGAUAUAUACGGAUUCGAGAGUUUCAAGACAAACAGCUUCGAGCAAUUUUGUAUCAAUUUGACAAAUGAGAAGUUACAGCAGCAUUUCAACCAGCAUGUCUUCAAAAUGGAGCAAGAGGAAUAUACAAAGGAAGAAAUUGAUUGGAGUUAUAUAGAGUUCGUUGAUAAUCAAGAUGUUCUCGAUCUUAUUGAGAAGAAACCUGGCGGCGUUAUUGCUCUUCUGGACGAGGCCUGUAUGUUUCCAAGAUCAACGCACGAAACAUUUGCUGAAAAGCUAUAUCAAACACUUAAGGACAAUAAGCGAUUCAGCAAACCGAAGUUGUCACGAACUGACUUCACCAUCAAUCACUAUGCUGGUGAUGUCACGUAUCAAACUGAUCUUUUCCUUGAUAAAAAUAAAGACUACGUUGUUCCGGAACACGCUGCGCUGCUCUGUGCUUCCAAGUGCUCCUUUGUUUCAGGACUUUUCCCACCUUUACACGAGGAAAGUACUAAAUCAACAAAGUUUUCUUCUAUAGCCACUCAGUUUAAGCAACAACUGCAAUCUUUGCUUGAAACAUUGAGUGCGACUGAGCCACACUACAUUCGUUGUGUAAAGCCAAAUAAUCUUCUUAAGCCGGGGAUAUUUGAGAACAACGAUGUGUUACAGCAGCUUCGAUGUGGGGGUGUAAUGGAGGCAAUUAGGAUAAGUUGCGCUGGAUAUCCAACUCGAAAGAACUUUGAUGAAUUUGUUCAGCGGUUUAGUAUAAUGGAACCUAAGGUUCUAAAAUCAUGUCCUGAUGAGAUGACGGCUUGCAAGAGACUUCUAGAUAAAGCAAACCUUAAAGAUUAUCAAAUAGGAAAGACAAAAGUUUUCCUGAGAGCAGGUCAAAUGGCAGAACUAGAUGCAUGUCGUGCCGAGGUCCUAGGAAGAUCCGCAAUCGUUAUUCAGAAAAAAGCUCGCACAUAUAUUUGUGAGAAACAGUACAAGUUAUUGCGAUUUUCUGCCAUAGAACUACAAAGGGCUAUUAAAGGACAACUUGCAAGACGUCGGUAUGAAUGCAUGAGAAAGGAGGCCGCAUCUUUGAUAAUCCAGAAACAAAUCCGCAUGUAUCUUUCGAGAAGUGCUUAUAAAACUACCUAUUCCAAAGUUGUUUGUAUUCAAACCGACAUGCGAGGAAUGGCUGCUAGAAAUGAACUUCGAUUCAGGAAGCGGACCCUAAGAAGACUGCGGCUACCAGAGACAGGGGUUGAGUUUUCCAUAGAUUUAGUACCCGGUACUAGACCUGUGCCGAUGGAACCUUACAAAAUGUCUCCAGUAGAAUUGAGUGAGCUAAAGAGUCAAUUGGAAGAUCUACUUGAUAAUAAAUUCGCAGACCAAGUAUACUCAGGAAGUGAUCAAAACUCACAGAUAAACAAAAUAUGCUUAUACCUGAUAAUAUCAUGGUUUGAUGAUGACAACACCAUAAGGCGUAACAACUCUAGAGGUGGUUUGGAUGACAAUGGUGCAUGA